AUUUUUUUCCCCUUCGUCUCAGCUCCUCCAUAACAUACUUUCCUUCCUUCCGUCUGAUGCCGCGGUCGGAACUCGAAAGGCAUGAAAUGUGCGACUCGACUCAUACAUACUAGGCACAUACCAGCAUCUUGUGAUCUAGUUGGCGAGAAUAUUUUCCUUCCCCUUUACCUUCAUGUAAUCUCCAUAUGGCUACUUACUUCGACAUUCCAUGCAUCUUCCCUACUGAACAUCUAUCUGUCCCUUACGAUCAUUAUUCGGCACUCCCGGCAAGACAAGUACACGUAUUCAAGUCAAAAACAUAAAGAAAUGGAAAACGACCAAAAUUGGAAGAAGCAACUCGAAUUUUGCCCGGGAAGAGGUUUAUAAAUAGUAAAGAUCCUCGGUACGACCUCGGGCACUGAUGCCCUCUGUACGAGGACACAAGCCUCGCGCAAACUCACCCGUCCAAACUCAGCAAGUAAUAACAACGCUGCUGCUGGCACCAGCCAUUGAAUGUCGAUAGAAACGCCUGCUC